AGGGAGGGACCAAUGAAAAUGGCGGCGACAGGGUCCGCAAGAUCCACUAGUGGAUUGGGGCAAAAAUGCAAAGCCAGGGCCGCCGAUAUGCUGAAAACUCGGACACAUUCACAGCUGCUGACUCUGGACGAGGCAAGGUGUCCGGUUUGUUCGGAGAUUUUAUUGGAGCCCGUAACUAUGCCAUGUAGCCACUCGGUGUGUCUGCACUGUUUCAAGCGGACAGUGGAAUUUACCAGUUUGUGCUGUCCCCUCUGCCGGCUGCGAGUAUCCAGUUGGGCCCGUAAACAGUCCCGGGAGAAAAGCCUAGUAAACAUCGAACUUUGGGAAAUUGUUCGAAAGAGUUAUCCACAACGAUGCAAGAGGAGAAUGGAGCAGAGAGACUGUGAGACUGGUGGAGAAGGUAUGCUUUUUUGACAACAUCAAUUCCGUUUUAGGCUAUGCUGUAGGGUACAUACAUUUGUGUAUGUCGUAAGGAUUUUGUCCAGUCUUCUUAAUUUGUUUCCUAUUAUAGACUACCUGCCAUUAUGGUAACGAACACAAAGUAGUAAAGCAUUUUGGGCUAUCUUUUUUUUAUUCGCGGCAAACAUUGUAACUGACAGUGGUGCUGUCAUUCCGUGUUGGCAACAACACUGCAGUGCAUACAGUUUAAUGUUGGUCUUCUUGUAGGUAACAAUAGUGUGUUACUUUGUUUUACAACGAUAUCAUUGGGAAUUAGAACGGUUUCUGUUACACUGUAACAAAUUCUAUUCAACUCGGGGCUAUACGUUUUCCCGUACGCGCCUUGAAUGGUCAUUCCAUAGAACCAAGAGGCUCUUGUACAAACAAGGCUGGAGAGAGAACAAGACCAGUCAGUUUUGAUAUACUUUUCUAGGCAGAGAAAGUUUGGCUGUGACUUGCCCAGACUUGUGGAGCUUUUUGUGGGAGGAGCUACUCUAUUGACAGUCGACUGUACUGUCUGGGGUGUUUUUCAAUGUAAUAUGUUACAUCAUUUGGUGUAUACCUGUUAUAUCCAGUGGUUCCCAAACCUUUUCGACCCAGCUCUUGUUUUGAGAAUAUUUGAGUGAUUUUGAUCAUUUUAAAUGUUUUAUUUUUCUCAGAGAUUUUCCGCUCGCCUGCUCAGGUAUCCAAAUCUGGAGAGAUCCGACUGGAGUAUGGAAAGCAACAAGUAAAGGUAAUAUUGUAAUAUGGACUAUUAUAAACUGGGUGGUUCGAGCCCUGAAUACUGAAAGCCGUGGUAUAUCAGACCGUAUACCAUGACAAAACAUUUAUUUUUAUUGCUCUAAUUACAUUGGUAACCAGUUUACCAAUGUAAUUAGGGGGGGGGGGGGGGGGGGGGGGGUUGUGAAAUAUGGCCAAUAUACCACGGCUAAGGGCUGUGUCCUAGCACUCCGCGUUGCGUCGUGUGUAAGAACAGCGCUUAGCCCGUGGUAUAUUGGCCACAUAUCGGGCCUUAUUGCUUAAUUAUAACACUUAUUGAUUAUUCAAAUACAAUAGGAGGGGUUUUGUGUUUUCCCCCGUAGUGCAUCCUUUUUAACAUAGCUCUUUACAGAAGUGUUGUUGUACAAUGCCCCUAAACCCCUCAAAAGGAGAGAACUAUGUGUUUGAGACUUGAAUUAGAGAACAUUUUAAUAUGUUGAUAUCAUCUUAUUCCUAUCACAAAUUCCAUUGUUGUAGAUUGGCACACAACACAUUGAUUUUAAACAACCACAGGUCAUGUGAAUGAUCCCUUGCGUUCAGUUACUAUCAGUAAGAAGGAAUUUUUCUUUUUCAGGUACCAAUGAAUGAAGAGAAAGAUGAGGGGAGGAGGAAAGUCCUCCACCACAGAAAAGAGGAAUGUGGAACACUCAAGCACUUUCAAGAUCCUGUAAGUUUUAUCUUGUAACCCUCAUAUGAAUACAUUAUCGAAUAGAUUGUGAAUAGAUUGCUCAGAAUGGUAUGCCAACACAUUGAUUAAUAAGUGUAAACAUGAUGCUGAGAUAUACAGCUUUUUCUUCCAGUUCUAUGGGUUGCUGUCAGACUCGGAGAAUGAAGAACCCAUUGGGAAGAGAACCAGAAAUGUGUCUGCGUUUGUUAGAAGAACAAAGAUCUCGGCAGACUUCACAAGAGAGUACUGAAAUCCCCUUGCUUCUAUUAUCAAUGUUUGUUUUAUUUUUUACAUUGAAGGCUGCUUGUAACUGUAAUAAUGUCCUCAUAUAACAGUAAUUAAUAAUCAUGUUGCUAAAUUUUUUUACUUAAUGCUGCAGUAUUGAUUCUUUGCACACAUUUUCGAAGCCUUUGAACGAUUGAUGUUACAUUUAAUGUGUUUUGCACUUUUAAUUCAGUUAUUUACUCAGUCCCCUUUUCCCUCAGUGGUCUACAGACCAAUGUGGUGCAGAGAAGCCAGAGCUGUACUGAUACAGAGGAGGGAAGGCGAAAAAUAAGGGUGGCUACUCAUCUUCCUGGACUGGACAAGGUAUGAAGCUGGGCUUUUAAAGGAAGAUUUUAAUCCCUAAAAUGGUCAGAGCUGUUUGGUUCUGAAGUGCUUAAAGGUCCCGAACAGUCAUUCUGAUUCCCAUGUAAAAUAGUCUUUUGAGUAACUAAAAUACUGUAUCACCCAUAUUUUGGGGGGAUAGAAAAGCUCAAAAUUGUAGACAUGUAUUUUCUCUCAUGGCAAAUUUUUCUCUCAUGGCUGACUACCAGGAAGUUUGAAAAGAGGCUGAGUGGGCUGGGAGCUUAUAUUCAUGAGCUCGCCUUGACUGAGAGCUCUUUGAAACGUCUACGUCAAAAAACUUUUAUGGAGUGUUGGAGUAACAUUUUCUCAAGCAAAUUUGUUGAUACACAAAGCAACUCAAACAACAUUGAAAUUGGCAUGUCUCUUAUGAUGCGGUUCGCAGCAGCACUAACCAAUGUGUUGACAUGACAACUGCGUCAGAGUUUUGAAUGACCCCCCCCCCCCCCCUUUUGUUCCAUGCUGGCUGAAGGGCUAGCCAGUAACUAGCUAACACCAGACACAGAUGAAAGGGGAGACAUAAGUAUCUUUGCUAUAGAUGAAUAGUGUAAACAUUUUUCAUGAGAUUUUGGGUCACUGGCCUACAGUGCAUUCGGAAAGUAUUCAGACCCCUUGACUUUUUCCACAUUUUGUUACGUUACAGCCUUAUUCUAAAAUUGAUUAAAUUAAUGUUUUUCUUUAUCAAUCUACACACAAUACCCCAUAAUGAGAAAGUGAAAAUAGGUUUUUAGAAAUUUUAGCAAAUUUAUGAAAAAUAAAAAAACGAUACCUUUUAUUUACAAACGUUUUCAGACCCUUUGCUAUGAGACUCAAAAUUUAUCUCAGGUUUAUCCUGUUUCCAUUGGUCAUCCUUGAGAUGUUUCUACAACUUGAUUGGAGUCCACCUAUGGUAAAUUCAAUUGAUUGGACAUGAUUUGGAAAGGCACACACCUGAGCAAAAACCAAGCCAUGAGGUCGAAGGAAUUGUCUGUAGAGCUCCGAGACAGGAUUGUGUCGAGGUCAGGGAGGGGACCAAGAACCCGAUGGUCACUCUGACAGAGCUCCAGAGUUCCUCUGUGGAGAAGGGAGAACCUUCUAGAAGGACAACCAUUUGUGCAGCACUCCACCAAUCAGGCCUUUAUGGUAGAGUGGCCAGACGGAAGCCACUCCUCAGUAAAAGGCACAUGACAGCCCACUUGGAGUUUGCCAAAAGGCACCGAAAGGACUCAGACCAUGAGAAACAAGAUUCUCUGGUGUGAUGAAACCAAGAUUGAACUAUUUGACCUGAAUGCCAAGCGUCACGUCUGGAGGAAACCUGGCACCAUCCCUACGGUGAAGCAUGGUGGUGGCAGCAUCAUGCUGUGGGGAUGUUUUUCAGCGGCAGGGACUGGGAGAUUAGUCAGGAUCGAGGGAAAGAUGAAUGGAGCAAAGUACAGGGAGAUCCUUGAUGAAAACCUGCUCCAGAGCGCUAAGGACCUCGGACUGGGCCAAAGGUUCACCUUCCAACAGCACAACGACCCUAAACACACAGCCAAGACAACGCAGGAGUGGCUUCGGGACAAGUCUCCUGAUUGUGGUCCUCUGUAGCUCAGCUGGUAGAGCACGGCGCUUGUAACGCCAAGGUAGUGGGUUCGAUCCCCGGGACCACCCAUACACAAAAAUGUAUGCACGCAUGACUGUAAGUCGCUUUGGAUAAAAGCGUCUGCUAAAUGGCAUAUAUAUAUAUAUAUAUAUAUAUAUAUUUUUUUUUUUUUUAAGUCUCUGAAUGUCCUUGAGUGGCCCAGCCAGAGCCCGGACUUGAAUCUGAUCGAACAUCUCUGGAGAGACCUGAAAAUGGCUGUGCAGCAACGCUCCCCAUCCAACCUGAGAGAGCUUGAGAGGAUCUGCAGAGAAGAAUGGGAGAAACUCCCCAAAAUACAUGUGUGCCAAGCUUGUAGCGUCAUACCCAAGAAGACUCGAGGCUGUAAUCACUGCCAAAGGUGCUUCAACAAAGUACUGGGUAAAGGGUCUGAAUGUGAUAUUUCAGUUUUUUAUUUUUAAUACAUUUGCUAAACUUUCUACAAACCUGUUUUUGCUUUGUCAUUAUGGGUUAUUGUGUGUAGAUUGAUGAGGUAAAAUAAACAAUUUAAUCAAUUUUAGAAUAAGGCUGUAACGUAAUAAAAUGUGGAAAAAGUCAAGUGGUCUGAAUACUUUCCAAAUGCACUGUACACACAAUACCCCAUCAUUUCAAAGUGGAAUUAUGUUUUUAGACAUUUUUACAAAUGAAUUAAAAGCUGAAAUGUCUUGAGUCAGUAAGUAUUCAACCCCUUUGUUAUGGCAAGUCUAAAUAAAUUCAGGAGUAAACAUUUGCUUAACAAAUCAAAUCAAUCAAGUCAUUGUGUUUCUCACAUGUGCAGAAUACAACAGUUGUAGACCUUACCGUGAAAUGCUUUCUUACAAGACCUUAACCAAUAAUGCAGUUAAGAAAAUAGAGUUAAGAAAAUAUUUACUAAAUAAAGUAAACAAUUUAUAAUAAUAAUAAACAUUAAAUCAAUAAAAAAGUAACACAAUAAAAUAACAAUGAGGCUAUAUACAGGGGGUACCGGUACAGAGUCAAUGUGCGGGGGUACAGGUUAGUCCAAGAUAAUUUGUUCAUGGUCCUCUGUAGCUCAGUUGGUAGAGCACGGCGCUUGUAACGCCAGGGUAGUGGGUUCGAUCCCCGGGACCAGCCAUACACAAAAAUGUAUGCACGCAUGACUAUAAGUCGCUUUGGAUAAAAGCGUCUGCUAAAUGGCAUAUUAAUGUAGGUAGGGGUAAAGUAGGGGCAUAGAUAAUAAACAGCGAGUAGCAGCAGUGUAAAAACAAAGUGGGGGUUGUCAAUGCAAAUAGUCGGGGUAGCCAUUUGAUUAAUUAUUCAGCAGUCUUAUGGCUUGGGGGUAGAAGCUGUUAAGGAGCCUUUUGGACCUAGACUUGGCGCUCCGGUACCGCUUGCCGUGCGGUAGCAGAGAGAACAGUCUGUGACUUGGGUGACUGGAGACUUUGACAAUUAUUUGGGCCUUCCUCUGACGCCGCCUAGUAUAUAGGUCCUGGAUGGCAGGAAGCUUGGCCCAAGUGAUGUACUGGGACAUACUCACUACCCUCUGUAGCACCUUACGGUCGGAUGCCGAGCAGUUGCCAUACCAGGCGGUGAUGCAACCGGCCAGGAUGCUCUCGAUGGUGCAGUUAUAGAACUCUUUCAGGAUCUGGGGACCCAUGCUAAAUCUUUUCAGUCUCCUGAGGGGGAAAAGGUAUUGUCGUGCCCUCUUCACGACUUUCUUGGUGUGUUUGGACCAUGAUAGUUUGUUGGUCAUUUGGACACCAAGGAACUUGAAGCUCUCGACCCGCUCCACUACAGCCCUGUCGAUGUGAAUGGGGGCGUGUUCGGUCCUCCUUUUCCUGUAGUCCACGAUCAUCUCCUUUGUCUUGCUCACGUUGAGAUAGAGGUUGUUGUCCUGGCACCACACUGCCAGGUCUCUGACCUCCUCCCUAUAGGCUGACUCAUCAUUGUCGGUGAUCAGGCCUUCCACCGUUGUGUCGUCAGCAAACUUAAUGAUGGUGUUGGAGUUGUGCUUGGCCACGCAGUCAUGGGUGAACAGGGAGUACAGGAGGGGACUAAGCACGCACCCCUGAGGGGCCCCUGUGUUGAGGAUCAGCGUGGCAGAUGUGUUGUUGCCUACCCUUACCACCUUUUAUAAGGAGGAUGGGAUCCACCCAAAUCAUUUGGGUUCCUGGAUCCUUUCACAGCAUUAUAAGGCUGCAUUGAGACAAUGACACAAGCCCAGCUCAGCUAAUCCCUACCAUUGUGAUGCAGAGUUGUCAAAUGCUCAAUUGUAACGAAGCCACUCAAAUGUAACGAAGCCACCGGAGUUGCUUACCAAGAUGACAUUGAAUGUUCCUGAGUGGCUUCGUUACGUUUGACUUAAAUCGGCUUGAAAAUCUAUGGCAAGACUUGAAAAUGGCUGUCUAGCAAUGAUCAACAACCAACUUGACAGAUUUGGAAGAAUUUAAAAAGAAUAAUGUGCAAAUAUUGUACAAUCCAGGUGCGCAAAGCUCUUAGAGACUUACCCAGAAAGACUCACAGCUAUAAUCGCUGCCAAAGAUGAUUCUAACAUGUAUUGACUCAGGGGUGUGAGUACUUAUGUAAAUGAGAUAUUUCUGUAUUUCGUUUUUCAUAUAAUUUGCUCAAAUUUCUAAAAACGUGUUCACUUUUGUCAUUAUGGGGUAUAGUGUGUAGAUAGGUGAGAAAAAAUAUAUAUUUAAUACAUUUUGAAUUCAGGCUGUAGCACAACAAAAUGUGGAAUAAGUCAAGGAGUAUGAAUACUUUCUGAAGGCUCUGUAUACAAACCACGCCCCUCCGCAAACACGCCUUCUCUGCUGUUGGUUACAAGGCGGUACUUAUUUAAAUUAGGUAAGAGAAUAUCAUGUUACCAUUGGUGCAUAAAAAUUAGAGUUAGGGUGAUGUCCAAUGUUCCCUCUAAGGUGCGUGCGUGCAUGGACGCGCACCGCCUCCAGGACUGUCGCGCAGAAGAAAUGCCAGUCCGCGCAGAGGUGCAAGAGAUUGAACAUCACUGAGUUCACCCCAUUAGUUUGCAAUAUAUAAAUCAAUGUUUUUUUUGUGUUCAAAUCAACAUUAUAUCAGUCCCUUUUCAAUGCAACAAUCCAAGAUUGAGUCUGUGAUUUUGUUGUAAUAAUAAUAAUAAUAAUAAUAAUAAUAUGCCAUUUAGCAGACGUUUUUAUCCAAAGCGACUUACAGUCAUGGUAGGCAGAGCCAGAGCGCAAUGGAGUACAAUUCGGCCGGGUAGCCCAUGAGAGGUCUUUCAAUAACCUGCAAGUGAAUUCAUGCGCUUUUUAGAUCAGAGCCGCGUGUGUGAACAUUUGUUGAUAUUCUUUGCUAGUUAGUGAGUUAUUAGCCCAGUUAUAGAUAAGUAUAGGUCAGCAAUGGGGAGUUACUGCUUCCUACAAGAGCACAAAAUGUGUAGACUACAUUUCAAGCUGUCUUUGAAAAGCCAGUCAGGUAAAAAUCUUAUGUCUUAAUUAAAGGGGCUGUGUUGUAUUUUGAGACAGGCUUGACUAUGUAAAUAAGCCAAUAGGCAGAGGAGUAGCCUACAUUGUCUAAUUCUCUGUAUGGUAAUAAGAAUUAAUUUUAUUUUGUAAUGUGAUUUCUUGCAUUACCUAUUUGGCCCUUGGUGUUACAGACUAAGUAAAAAAUUAUAAUGUUAAAACGUUUUUAAAAGUCUCAUGCAAUGUAGGCCUGUAGACAUUCAAUUUGCUCAGUGCCCCAAAACAUUUGAGGGAACAUUGGUGAUGUCACCCUAUCCCUUUAAUAAACCAACCUCCUUGAAUCUAAGUGUUUGACAUGGGGGAUGGGACCAGUAACUUUAUGAUCAAACUUUAUCAAUGAUUCAAAAUUGAUCAAAUAAUUUUUCAUGCUUUGGUCAUCAUACUUUGAUCUGGUUUCAUUGAAAUAUCAUCCAAUAUGAUUUUGACUGUUCAUGUCCUUUAAAACAUUGCUCUUCUUUUUUUUGUUGGUUUGUUGUCUCUGUACAGGCAAGUAUUGCUCACAGCUACAGUGCAGGAAUCCUUCUGUCCUCUGAGAACAGCCGAUCUCUUUCGGCACCCAUCAUUGUCCAAGACAAGAGGCGUAGCUGGCGAGGUGUCAUCAUGGCUCCAUCAACACCUUUUAUGGUCCCCCAGUUGAAACAGGAGAGGUCCAUUAGCCCAGAGAGCAAUGACAGUAUCUCUGAGGAGCUGAAUCACUUCAAGCCAAUAGUGUGCUCGCCGUGCACCCCACCAAAGCGACUACCUGACGGGCGAGUGAUGGAACCCACAAUUGUGAAGUCCACCCCCCGGAACUUAUUCCGCAGCCUGCAGAGGCCCACCAGCUAUGAAGCCAGCCCUACUAUCCUCCAGAAAUGGAAGCAGAUAGAGGUGGAUCGUCAGUCUGUCAAAGUGACCUCGAAGGGCACCUUGACCAGCCCCAUGAACAGCCCCAUGUUCGAGGACCUUGUUUUCAAACCAAGCCCCAUAGAGGAGAAGGACAGCAAGCCUUGUAGCUGCACUCUAGCAGCAAAUAAGGGAAAAGAACACUUGGGUAGGUGUGCCAAGACUGCUUCCUCUGAGCAAGAAAAUGAAAGAACUUGUAUACAUAAUAAACAAAGACUGAUAUUUGACCAGGCCAUUGGAGAGACAGCCCUCCAUCAAAAACAAUUCACAAAGUUUCAUACUCCAUUUGUACCUUUAACCAGUGAGGAGACUGUAACAGAAUGUGGCGUUUCUUCUGAGUCUAUGGUGGUACCUGAAUCACAUUGUGGACCAACCUCAAUUCAUCAAAAUCCAACCAUAGUCCCACACAAUAUAAAUGCCAGUGUUAGGGGUUGCAAACUUAAAUCAAAGGACUCACAGGAUCAGAGAAAAGAGUUGGGCAAUAGAAACUGUGCCCAGAACCAACCUACCUCAAGGAGGGGCAAGAAGAGGAGCCAGAAGACCAAACACCUAGAGGAGACAGAGUCUGGACUCAAGAGACCAAGAUCCCAGAGCCAAUAUGGUUGUAAUAUAGAGUGUGCACAGGCUGACCUGUACAUUCAACAGGUACAGCAAGAGAGAGAGGACAGAGAGCUAGCGUUGAAUCUUCAAAGACAGUUUGACAGGGAACAGCAACAAGUAGACAAGCAAAAGACCAGUCUUGACAAGUACUUUCUCCGAUCCUGCAAUGAAAACAGAAUUGAAUGCAAUCCACGCAGAUCAGGAAGAAUUUCCAAAAGGAAUGAGCACUUUAAUUGCAAUUAUUAAAUUGUUAUUCUUGUGCUUUUUUAUAUAAUUCAAUCAGCCAACUUCUUGCAUACAAGAACUAUACUUCUUUUGUUGACCAGGUUCCAAAUGCAGUGCUUUUAAAGAUUAACUAAGCCCUAGCUGGUUUAUGUCAUAAAUUAAUGUUCAUUUUGAUGUAUUCCUAUUAGAUUUAGUUUCUACAAACAUGAUUUUGCUGAAACAUUUUAUUUUCUUCUCGUUUGCAGUUACUCAUGACAUUUUUUAAAUACACUACAUCAUAUUUCUGCAGUUAAUGCACUGAGAAAAAGCAAAAUAUUAUUCACGGCAUGAGGUUGUGUUGAGAUUCAUACUGUGCAGACAUUUGAAAAUCUUUGUGUUCAGGCUCAUGUAUGAUUCUGAUUCUAGCUCAGCCAAGGAUGUGGACACAAGAUCUAGCACUAUUACUUUGUCAGACCCUUCAUUCAGAUUCCCAUUAACCCGGCAGAGUAACAUCCUAUUGAUUUAUUUCAUGAUCCACAUGUUCCUUUCUGCUCCAACGAUGCACUUAGCACCUCUACGUGAUGUUUUGGGAAACACUUGUUACAUCUUUGUGCAUUAGGAAUGAUGCAUUAAAACACUCGUAAAAUGUAAGUUCCAUUGCUGUGAAAACUCCGUUUAUAUCCUUGGCUCAGCUAAAAUAUUUUGCACACAGACAGUGUCCAUUAGCACCUCAAUCGCUCUAUAUCUCAUUGCCUUUCUUAACAUAAUUUAUUUUGCAUAAUUUGUUAUUCUUUUUAGUUGAAGGUAGAUUCAACAAUGUGGUGUUACCAUGAACAGCAGGGCGUCUUGCGACACAAAGAGUUGCACAGAUGAUCAAUUAAGUCAUAUUGAUUGGAUUCUGUCAAUGUUAGAUAGUAUUUGCCAGAGUAGUGGUUAACAUUGCAGAAACCCCAUCAAUACGUUUUAACGAUCUGACAAUCUGCGUAGAACAACUGCAAUGCAGGCAGCCUGAAACGUGUGGGUGUUGAGGUGUACAGCCGCUCACACUCUAAUAUCUAGCUCCUGGUCAUUUUAUAUUGUUGAGUUAAAGGAUCAGUGUGGCCAGGUUAGAUAUACAGUGGGGAGAACAAGUAUUUGAUACACUGCCGAUUUUGCAGGUUUUCCUACUUACAAAGCAUGUUGAGGUCUGUAAUUUUUAUCAUAGGUACACUUCAACUGUGAGAGACGGAAUCUAAAACAAAUAUCCAGAAAAUCACAUUGUAUGAUUUUUAAGUAAUUCAUUUGCAUUUUAUUGCAUGACAUAAGUAUUUGAUCACCUACCAACCAGUAAGAAUUCCGGCUCUCACAGACCUGUUAGUUUUUCUUUAAGAAGCCCUCCUGUUCUCCACUCAUUACCUGUAUUAACUGCACCUGUUUGAACUCGUUACCUGUAUAAAAUAUACCUGUCCACACACUCAAUCAAACAGACUCCAACCUCUCCACAAUGGCCAAGACCAGAGAGCUGUGUAAGGACAUCAGGGAUAAAAUUGUAGACCUGCACAAGGCUGGGAUGGGCUACAGGACAAUAGGCAAGCAGCUUGGUGAGAAGGCAACAACUGUUGGCACAAUUAUUAGAAAAUGGAAGAAGUUCAAGAUGACGGUCAAUCACCCUCGGUCUGGGGCUCCAUGCAAGAUCUCACCUCGUGGGGCAUCAAUGAUCAUGAGGAAGGUGAGGGAUCAGCCCAGAACUACACGGCAGGACCUGGUCAAUGACCUGAAGAGAGCUGGGACCACAGUCUCAAAGAAAACCAUUAGUAACACACUACGCCGUCAUGGAUUAAAAUCCUGCAGCGCACGAAGGUCCCCCUGCUCAAGGCAGCGCAUGUCCAGGCCCGUCUGAAGUUUGCCAAUGACCAUCUGGAUGAUACAGAGGAGGAAUGGGAGAAGGUCAUGUGGUCUGAUGAGACAAAACUAGAGCUUUUUGGUCUAAACUCCACUUGCCGUGUUUGGAGGAAGAAGGAUGAGUACAACCCCAAGAACACCAUCCCAACCGUGAAGCAUGGAGGUGGAAACAUCAUUCUUUGGGGAUGCUUUUCUGCAAAGGGGACAGGACGACUGCACCGUAUUGAGGGGAGGAUGGAUGGGGCCAUGUAUCGCGAGAUCUUGGCCAACAACCUCCUUCCCUCAGUAAGAGCAUUGAAGAUGGGUCGUGGCUGGGUCUUCCAGCAUGACAACAACCCGAAACACACAGCCAGGGCAACUAAGGAGUGGCUCCGUAAGAAGCAUCUCAAGGUCCUGGAGUGGCCUAGCCAGUCUCCAGACCUGAACCCAAUAGAAAAUCUUUGGAGGGAGCUGAAAGUCCGUAUUGCCCAGCGACAGCCCCGAAACCUGAAGGAUCUGGAGAAGGUCUGUAUGGAGGAGUGGGCCAAAAUCCCUGCUGCAGUGUGUGCAAACCUGGUCAAGACCUACAGGAAACGUAUGAUCUCUGUAAUUGCAAACAAAGGUUUCUGUACCAAAUAUUAAGUUCUGCUUUUCUGAUGUAUCAAAUACUUAUGUCAUGCAAUAAAAUGCAAAUUAAUUACUUAAAAAUCAUACAAUGUGAUUUUCUGGCUUUUUGUUUUAGAUUCCGUCUCUCACAGUUGAAGUGUACCUAUGAUACAAAUGACAGUCCUCUACAUGCUUUGUAAGUAGGAAAACCUGCAAAAUCGGCAGUGUAUCAAAUACUUGUUCUCCCCACUGUAUGCAAUAUGUGAAAACUAUUACAGUAAUAUUGUUAAGGGGUGCAAUAUUAACAUGUUUUUUGGAGGGUGAUUUUUUGAUCAAAUUCAAUACCUGUAUGUAUUUUCUGUCAAUCUUAUGCCCACACUUCUACCUCUACACUCACUGUUGCAUUUCUCUCAAAUGAUCUAUGCCCUCUUUUGACUAGUACAAACUAAAAUGUCUCUAUACAUGUGUAUGGCACAGCUUUAUAAAGCUGUAAUACUGCCAAAGCUUAUAGUUUUGAUCUAUAUUAAUUAUGGGUUGACUGCUAUAGUAUGGUAUUAAUUAGGACAAUUGUUUUCUGCAAUAUUUCAAUUGGAGAUUCCAUAUAAAUAUAUCUCAUCAGCAUUGUUAUUUUUCUGAUCUUUGAGUUGUAGUUACUAUAUUGUUUGAGACGCUUAUUGAAAGGGCUAUUAUAUUUUAUUUGAGAAAUGUCUUUCAUAUUCUAUUUGAUUCUUGUUUUCCUAAAGAUGUAUAUUUUUCCAAUGGCAUAUGCCAAAAUAUUAGCUUUAAUGUCCAUUACUACUUAACAUUUUUCAAGUAUAAGAUAUUGCAAUAUUACGUACAUAAUUAUGUACACAAAUACUUGUAUACUUACCUUUAUAUAUACAGUUUAAAUAUGCAGAUGCAUAUUUUAGUAUUGGAGGGGAAGUUAGUGCCAAAUGGAAAUAGGUUAUUGCGAAAUGGCUAAUUUCUGUCGACUGUGUCAUACGAUACAUCUGCAGUUUUUUUGUUUACUUUCCUGAUUAAAGAUUCCUGAUUAAAGAUUAGGUUAUUGAUUCUUUAUAGUAAUCAGAAUGUACCACUUGUAUAGCCUACAUGAUUCAUUGACAGCACUGUACUUUGAAGGAAACAAAACUUGUUCUGAUCAUGUCCAUUCACGUUCUGAAGGAACUAUGAAACACAAUAACACAUUCAAAUACAAAGGAGUGCUGAAUUACUUUUUCUUUUCAUUCAAGCGCUUGUCUUGUUUUAACUUUCACUUUAAGUAUGUAAAGAAGUUGGCACGUAUGUGGUCCUGUAUCGUUUUUUUCUCCAGAAUCUGGUAUUGAAAUGUGAAAUGUUUGAAUGCUGAACGGCUUUCCAAGACAUUGAUUUGACCACUCAACUCAACACAAUGAGAGCAAAGACUUGUAAUCUCCCUCACAUAAUAUUAGUCAUUGGUUUGCAUUUAUAUUUAGACUCAUUGGAGGUCAUACAUAAAACUCUAAAAAUGUUUUAAAUAAACAUGUUAUUAUCACUUUAAAUAAUUCAUUUCAACAUUCAUUUGAACUUGAGUUUCUAGCUAAAUUCAACAAAUCUUACAAUCUUUAAGCUUUUAUUUUUCUUCCUCAAGCUAAUAUUCUUGUAGCUAUAUCUAGGGCCAUGCUUUUUAGUUGUUUUUUUUUAGGCACUUUGCGUUUACCGGUAUUUCCAGCAAUAUCCAAUAGUCUUGAUGUAGGUAUAAAGCUCUAGGAAAUGUUAUUUAAUUGACACAAGUUGUUUCCAAUCAAUAUGGUUGUGUAUUUGGUGGGGAGGAUCACCUAAGCUAAGGGAGGCGUAGCUCUGCAAAUCUUAAUCACACAACACCUAAGAGAAACUCCCUCCAAGUACAUCGGUACCCUAGGUCCCCCCGGCCAUUACUACACCAACAAUUAUUUGCCAUAGAAAACACUAUUAAAGGGUGACUGCACUUCCUGAUUUGGCUUUGUUUUUCAUCAAUGCUCAUUAAGAAAUGCUACCGGGCAUGAUUGAAGGCAAACGAGCGUUGUCUUUGGGGUGUGGUUUGAUGUGGGUGUUUCUUGGGUGUGUUUUUACAAUACAAUCACAACAAACAAGGGCAGUAGUGAGUACAGUUAGUUAUGCUAAGCUAGCUUUGCUAACAAAGUUUUGAAGUUAAGGACUUCUCCACUCCUGACUGACUCACCAUCUCAAGAUGGUCAGCUAAUUCAGUUCUUUGUGUAGGCUAAAGCCUGCGCUGACCUAGUGUUUAGCCAAGCUGACACCACCUAGCUAGCAUAGCCUGGUGAUAGCUGCAGCUGGCUAUCAUAUCUAUACUGAAAAAAUAUAUAAACCCAACAAUUUCAAAGAUUUUACUGAGUUACAGUACAUAUAAGGAAAUCAGUCAAUUGAAAUUAAUUAAUUAGGCCCUAAUCUAUGGAUUUCACAUAACUGGGCAGGGGUGUUGCCAUGGGUGGGCCUUGGUGGGCAUAGGCCCACCCACUUGGCAGCCAGGCCCACCCACUGGGGAAAUCCAUAGAUUAGGGCCUAAUGAAUUUAUUUCAAUUGACUGAUUUCCUUCAAUGAACUGUAACUCAGUAAAAUCUUUGAAAUUGUUGCAUGUUGCAUUUAUAUUUUUGUUCAGUAUACAUCCUUGGCCAGGUCGCAGUUGUAAAUGAGAACUUGUUCUCAACUGGCUUACCUGGUUAAAUAAAGGUGGAAAAAAAAAUAAUAAAAAAAUAAUCCUAGGACAGAGAAAGAUCCAUAACCCCUCCUCGAUUUCAUUGUGAAAUCUAAAAUGAUAUUUUUGGUCUUAAUUUAAGAUUAGGGUUAGGCAUAAGGUUAGCAGUGUGGUUAAGGUUAGGGUUAGGUUUCAAAUCAGGCUUUAAGAAGAUAAAUUGUAGAAAUGGGCGGGGUUUAUGACUUUGCCGCUUGCCCAGAUAGUUGACGACCCUGUGAGCAGGGCGAGCUAAAAUUAGGGGAUAUGAUUAAUCUGGCACGGGCGCCCGGUUUAAAACCCACGGCGAAAUCUGCUCAAACCAAAAGUGACUUAAUUAAGCACGUAGAGUAAUGUGUAGGAUUAUGUAUAUUCACAUGCAAAAGUGACUGCUUUUGAUAAAAAAUUGAAAUAUAUAUUUUAUGGAAAUUAGAUCUUGUCUGUUUCUGAUUGAUGCACCAUGCUGCCUUGUUGACAACAUGACCGAGCGGCGCAGAUUUGCCCGUUCACGUCAUGGGCCAUAGACUGGUUCAGCAUAAUCGAAUCCGCCCAUUGAAUCCUCAUUCUUUGUUUGAACUGUGGGGCUCAAUGAAAACAUUGACCAAUCAUUUGAAACGUCCAAACCGCUUCCGUAAACGUACGUCGUUCCUAGUUAGUUUGGUUGGCUGCAAAAAUUAUAAUUUUAGCCAAUCACAUUGUUCCAGGUCACACACAGCAAAUGUACAGGAAGGAAAGAUGGCAGCCAGAAAUGGGAAGAAUGGUCUACUUGAGAAAGUAAGAAUUAUUUUACACCGUCAUUGUUCAUUUUAUAAGACACAGGGAUCGGAAAUUAAUUCUGUCAUGCUUGGGUCUUUUUCAAUAGUUGGCCGCAUAGCCAAUAUUGUAUUACGCCACGGCAAGCAUGUCUACUAGACAGACCGUUCAUUUUGAGUUUAAGCUAACGUUAACAGUAGUUAGCAAGCUAGUUUUACUUGCUUGAAGGAAAUAAAGGAAUUGCCUAUGCAAAUAACGUGGGCUAUAGCAGUAACGUUAUUUAUAUGUUCUAAUUUCAAGAGGAACGCAGAUCUUAUUUGAAGUGAGGGAAGCUGAUUGACCAGCUAGCUAACUUGGAUAAGCUAUGGCUGGCCUAGCAUGCUACUAGCUAAUAUUCUUCCUGGCUGUUGUUGGCUAGCCAGAUGUUAACACUACGCGCAAGAUAGCUAGCUAGGAAACUAGGCAGCAAAUGCUGACAAACUUCACUAGAUGUAUAAUAGUGACUAGCCACAGUAACUAUUUAACUAGUAAUUCAAUACUGCAGCAAGCAACAAUUUAACCGUACUAUCUUGGAUUGCAUUCAUUGUAACUUAGUGCAAUUGUUUGAAUUAACAAUUGGAGCCUAGAAUCAACUGCUUUUAUUGCUUGGAAACCCGACGUUCAAUUGCAUUCAAUUCUACGUCGGGCAGAAAGAGUGUUUGAAUCAGGAAAGUAUCCUCUCAUGACCUCUACAAGCCUGAAUGUUGAAUACAGUUAUAUUUUAAUGUACUUUACUAGUUGGUCCUUUUUGGCGGUAGGAAUGUGAGACACCAUAUCCACAGGAAAGUAGUGCUGAGCAAUUAGCUUGUCUUUGAGGUCGGUUCGAUUGUAUUAAAAAAGAAUCAGUUUUCAAUGUAGUUUUUUGGGGGGGUUAAUAUAUAUAUUUUUUAAUUAUGUAGCUUUUUAAUGGUAAUUCCAAUGCCAAAAAUACACUAAAAGUAUAUGGACACCCCUUCAAAUUAGUGGAUUUGGCUAUUUCAGCCACACCCAUUGCUGACAGGUGUAUAAAAUCGAGCACACAGCCAUGCAAUCUCCAUAGACAAACAUUGGCAGUAGAAUGACCUUACUGAAGAGCUCAGUGACUUUCAACGUGGCACCGUCAUAGGAUACCAACUUUCUAACAAGUCAGUUCGUCAAAUUUCUUCCCUGCUAGAGCUGCCCCUGUCAACUGUAAGUGCUGUUAUUGUGAAGUGGAAACAUCUAGGAGCAACAACGGCUCAGCCACGAAGUGGUAGGCCACACAAGCUCACAGAACGGGCCUGUUGAAACGCAUGGCGUGUAAAAAUCGUCUGUCACAGUUGCAACACUCACUACCAAGAUCCAAACUGCCGCUGGAAGCAACGUCAACACAAUAACUGUUCGUCGGGAGCUUCAUGAAAUGGGUUUCCAUGGCCGAGCAGCCGCACACAAGCCUAAGAUCACCAUGCGCAAUGCCAAGCGUCAGCUGGAGUGGUGUAAAGCUUGCCGCAAUAUGACUCUUGAGCAGUGGAUACGCCUUCUCUGGAGUGAUGAAUCACGCUUCAUCAUCUGGCAGUCCGACGGACGAAUCAGGGUGUGGCGGAUGCCAGGAGAAAGCCCCAAUGCAUAGUGCCAACUGUAAAGUUUGGUGGAGGAGGAAUAAUGGUCUGGGGUUGUUUUUCAUGGUUCGGUCUAGGCCCCUUAAUUCCAAUGAAGGGGAUCUUAACGCUACAGCAUACAAUGAUAUUGUAGACGAUUCUGUGCUUCCAACUUUGUGGCAACAGUUUGAGGAAGGCCCUUUCCAGUUUCAGCAUGGCAAUGCACAAAACGAGGUCCAUACAGAAAUGGUUUGUUGAUCAGUGUGGAAGAACUUGACUGACUGCACAGAGCCCUGACCUCAACUCCAUCGAACACCUUUGGGAUGAAUUGGAAGCUGACUGCGAGCCAGUCCUAAUCGCCCAACAUCAGUGCCCGACCUCACUAAUGAUCUUGUGGCUGAAUGGAAGCAAGUCCCUACAGCAAUGUUCCAACAUCUAGUGGAAAGCCUUCCCAGAAGAGUUGAGGCUGUUAUAGCAGCAAAGGGGGGACCAACUCAAUAUUAAUGCCUGUGAUUUUGGAAUGAUAUGUUCAACGAGUAGGUGUCCACAUACUUUUGGUAAUGUUGCGAACAAAACAUUGAAAAUAUUUCAUUGUCUCUUUCUGGCCCACAUAGGGUAGACAUCAAUCGAAAAAUAGGUGCCUUUUGGUAAACUCCAAGCGAGCUGUCGUGCCUUUUUACUGAGGAGUUGCUUCCGUCUGGCCACUCUACCACAAAGGCCUGAUUGGUGGAGUGCUGCAGAGAUGGUUGUCCUUCAGGAAGGUUCUCCCAUCUCCACAGUUCAAUUUCAAGUCAUAGCAAAGGGUCUGAAUACUUAUGCAAAUAUGUUUUUUUUGUGGUACUUUUUAUUCCUGUUUCUCCCCAAUUUCGUGAUAUCCAAUUGGUAGUUAGUCUUGUCCCAUCGCUGCAACUCCCAUACAGACUCGGGAGAGGCGAAGGUCAAGAGCCAUGCGUCCUCCGAAACACGACCCUGCCAAGCUGCACUGCUUCUUGACACACUGCUCGGUUAAUCCGGAAGCCAGCCGCACCAAUGUGUCGGAGGAAACGCCGUACAACUGGCGACCGAAGUCAGCAUGCAGUCGCUAGAGCCACAAGGAGUCGCUAGUGCGCGAUGGGACAAGGAUAUCCGGGCCGGCCAAACCCUCCCCUAACCCGGACGAGGCUGGGCCAAUUGUGCGCCGCCUCAUGGGUCUCCCGGUCGCGGCCGACUGCGACACAGCCAGGGAUCGAACCUAGGUCUGUAGUGACGCCUCUAGCACUGCGAUGCAGUGCCUUAGACCGCAUUUUAGAAUAAGGCUGUAACGUAACAAUAUGGAUAGUCAGUGGAUCUGAAUACUUUCCGAAAGCACUGUGUAUAUUUAUUUAUUUAUUUAUUUAUUUAUUUGUUUUUUGCUCAAAGCUUGGGGGGUCAAAUAGGGGAACCCUGCUGUACUGUUUCUAGUCAAACUAUUUAGCUAGCCUGCCUAAGCAUGCUGCAGAGCUGUCUGACAAUCAUUUGCCUAGUUACAUUUUAGUCAUUUAGCAGACGCUCUUAUCCAGAGCGAUUUACAGUUAGUGAGUGCAUACAUUUUCAUACUGGCCCCCCGUGGGAAUCGAACCCACAACCCUGGCGUUGCAAACGCCAUGCUCUACCAACUGAGCUACACAGGAUUACUGCUAGGUACUCUGACAGUUUGUCAAGAACAUGUGGUAGCUAACAAGCUUGUUAAUUGUUUACAAACAAAUGAGUGCAUGUGCUAGAAAGCUAAACAGCUACCUAGCUAGGACUCGUUUUGAAAGUUGAAUCAUUUUAUAUCCUUUGAGGCUUUAAAAGCGUUCUUACCCUAUGAUUUUUAACAUUCAAAGCAACUGGGAAACGUCCAUGGCAGGCAUUGUCACCUUAGCAUGCUACAUAACUUCUGAGUGAUAGGAAGCACAAGCACACCCCACCAAUCAGCCUACACCACUGCACACACACCCCUUGUUACUAUGACAACUAGCAUAGCCUUGUCAGCGAAUGACUGCUGUCUGAACACCACACACACACACAUCCGAUUUGGUCACUUAUAACUUGAUGUUUUGACAGUCAGUAGUCCAAAACCGAUUUGAAAAACAAAACUGAUUUGAGCAUUAAGGCCUGCGGUGUGAAAAAGGUGUAAUUGUCAUCUAACAUGCCCCUGCAAUAGGAGUUUGGUACAGGAGGAGGAAACUGUCUGUCAAGAACUGUGUUGCUCAUACUAUUGACCAUUGUCAUUUGUUUACAGUGGAGGAUUGAUGAGAAACCUGUGAAGAUUGACAAAUGGGAUGGUGCAGCUGUCAAGAAUUCUCUUGAUGAUGCAGCGAAGAAGGUUUGAAUACAGUACAAUGAGUACACACAGACAAUGAUUAGUUGAUUUCAAUAGUCUCUUGUAUGUUAAAGUGUAUGGUUUUGACAUUUUACAUCUGUUUUGAUAAUAUUUUUCCCAACAUUCAUCAGGUGCUCUUGGAGAAGUAUGGUUAUGCCGAGAACUUCAAUCUCGUAGAUGGACGUCUCCUCAUUUGCACAAUCUCCUGCCUCUUCGCCAUCGUAGCUUUAAUUUGGGACUUCCUUCAUCCAUUCCCUGAGUCCAAGCCAGUCCUGGCAAUCUGUGUCAUAUCAUAUCCUUUAAGGGAAAAAUAAUACAAUUACUGCUUUGUCACAAUAGCAGACAUGCAUAAAGUUGGCAUGAUUGCCUACAGUUUGAGGUAAUUUUGUACUCUGACUGCCACCAUGAUUCCUCCUCACACUUACCACUGUACAAUACGCCCAUCUACAUCAUCCAACUAAAGUUAGCAAAUAUUAAUUGUGGGAUGUGUGUGGAGGAAUGAUGGCAGUGUUCAUUCUGCUUAAUGAUGUCAAACUGUGCCAUCGUUGUGCACGUAAACUUUGUAAUUUAAUCUCUACAUUCCAUUGGUGUAAUGCAAUCGUAACACAACACAGCCUAACAUUACUUUAUUGGUUUUAUAAAACAAUUCAUCCAACUGUAGAUAUUGCUUUAAUGUAAUUUAUGUCCAUUUGGAUAUUUACAGACUGAUGCUGAUAACAUGUUUUUGAUAGGCUAUUAUUACUCUCCCCAAAUCUUGAAUUACCCAAAUGUACAUUCUCACGGCUUAGUAACUUAAUGGACAUUUUUGGAAGGACAAUUAUCAGAUUCUGGAAUUUAUAUAUCCACGUUUUCCCUAACUGAUCCUUACGUAUUUCAUAAUGAUGGGCAUUCUAACCUUAUACACCUCCUACCAAGAAAAGAACAUCUUCCUCGUUUCUGUCCAGAAAGACCCCGCUGGCAUGGACCCUGACCACACCUGGCAACUUUCAUCUAGUCUGAAAAGGUAUUUUUUUAUGGUUUACAUUUAGUGGGGAAAAAAUUGGUACUGUAUUUGGUACUAUCACAUUUUCUGAGAGAUGAUGCCUGGUAAUGUUUAAAACAUUUUUAUCUUGAUAUUGAAGCCAUCCUAGCAAAUUGUUUUCUUGUUUUAAUUUCCAAGUGUUGACUGUGUGUUGUGACUUCUACUCUCUGCAGGUUUGAUGACCAGUACACACUAAGAGUGUCCUUCACAGAUGGGAAGUCCAGACACACGCGGGAGCAAGAGAUCACAAAGUCUGUGGGUGCUUUCUUUGACGGGAACGGAACGCUGGUCAUGGACCAGUUUGAAAAGUGUGUGUCAAAACUCCAUGACAACUUGGCCACUGAGAAGAAGACAAAAUAAUAAUGAUCAGACCUUCUUUACAAAGCUGCACCACAUCGGCAGAAACUGCAGUAGUGUGCACUGGUAUUGUACGGUCCUGGGUGCAUUUGUAUUAGCUAUUGGUUGUUAUAAAAGUCUGCACGCCAGCAUUUGUUGUCCAUUGUUUAAUUUGUUCAAUACAUUUUAUGACGGUUGUCUAUUAAAUUCUUUCCCCUAUGUUUACCUUGAUACAAGUUUCAUCUAGACAUUGCUUUUAAGGACCCCUAAGACAACUCAAAACAAAGAUUAAUACAAUAUUUUUUGCGCCGCUCAAGUUUUCAUCUUUACCCUUGAAUGGCCGUUCUAAAAAUGAACAGACAUUGGUCUUUGACUUUUCUUUCCCAUAUUUUAUGCUGUAGGACAAAGCCUUACAUAAUGCGUGCAGUGAAUGACCAGAUCAUUAUUGUUGGAAAUUAUGUAAAAUAUGUUAGUUUUUUUGUCCUGAAAGCUUUAUUCAAUGUAACUACUGUCCUUUUAAAGCUUUGCAAUUAUACAUAUAUUUUUUUUUUAUGGAUUUUGUUACUAUGGAUCUAGUUACAUAAGGCUUUAAAGGGCAAAAUAAACUAUCUGAAAAGGGACUGUAUCCACACAUUUGGUAGUCGUCACCAUGCCUCUUCAAUACAUGGUUUGGUGGAAGUAGUUCUUUAAAGUUGGAAUCCGUUUCAGUGAAACUGCCAUGUCCUUUUGCGAUAUUACGACAACAAAGAUGUUAUUUCGAACAAUGUUUUUUCCCCCCUCCAGAUAUUGCACAUCACUGCACGCGUGAGAGAACAGCAGAGUAUGUGCUGCAAUUUUAUUUUGUAUUUUUUUUAAAUGUAUGUUGCUGGAUGCUCAACUCCUUUUCAAAAACAAUAAACUGCCUGGGGGUGACCAGUGGCGCUGUUUCAGCUUUAAAGCAGGGAUAAUUGUUUUCAUGUACAUGUUUUGUCAACGGUUUGAAAAUAAAAUAGUAUUGAUCAGAUAUCCUCACUCAGGAGUGCAUGACCAUUUGAGACUUAAUUUAUAUUGUAAAGGUUGGAUGAUAUUCCUGGAUACAGUUCAUUUCUCUGUGGUAUGACUUUAAAAAGUGAGUGCUACAGAGACUUAGCCGUUUUUGUCAGUAGAUUUUUGGCUUUCGCAACCUUAUUGUACGUGCCUGUUCAUAUAAGUUUCAAAUAAAGUUAGAAGGCAUUUUUACA